GGAUUCGAAGUCUCUCUUUGACGUCACAGAGAACCCCAGCCUUUAGUUUGAAUAGAGUCUGUGUAUUACUGUGUUUACUGCUUCAGUAGAAAUUCACGCUGAGCUCAUGAACGUUUCCUGUCAAAGGCUGUUGUUUUGUCAUUAGCCUUGUUGCCAUGGUGACCGCUGCUUCCGGUCCCGGUGACGCGCUCGGAGUGAGUCCUCUGUCCUCUGCGAGCUCUCUGGGUGUCAUAGUAACGGUCACCUGCAGAAGCACACCGGGACUGGCGGAGCUCGCGGACCGACGGACAGACCCGCUGCCACAAGCGCUCCAGCUGAUCUAAUCCAUCGAUGCCGGAUCGAUCGGCUCUGAUGUCCGCCGCUCUGGAUCGGAACCCGCGCGUGGCCUGCGGCGAGAUCGGCAAAUAAUGACAUCAGCGCGUGACAGCCCCGAACCUCCCCGCGUGAGCUGAUCGAUCAUCUAUCAGGUGUCCCGGUGCUCCCAGUGGCGUCCGCAAUGCUGCCUGCCUCUAUCCAGAUCACAGGCGAGAUGCUGUCGGCGGCUGAAGUUCAAGACAUCUGCGAGAGUCUGAAGGAGGAUGGCGUGCGCCUGCUGUCUGUGCGUGGCUGCCAGCUCUCAGAUCGCGACUUUGGGCGUGUCUGCCGCAGCGUUGCUGAGUCGCACUCGCUUGCUCAGCUGAACCUUAACCUGGGCGUUGUCUCCAGUAUUGGCCGGACGCGGCACCUGGCUGACGCCCUGAAGACUAACCGCUCCCUGCAGACCCUGUUCCUUCAUGGCAGCCCACUGUUGGACGCCGGCUUAGUGACCCUGAACCCCGCCCUGUCCACCCACCCUUCACUGGUGUGCCUGGAUCUUGGUGACUGCAUGCUGGGAGACGAGGCACUGGGUCUGAUCUGCGGGAUGCUGCCGCCAGACGGCGCAAAGUCAGGGCUCAGGGAGCUCACUCUCAGUGCUAACCCAGGAAUCAGCUCCAAAGGCUGGGCUCGACUCUCCAUUGCUGUGGCACACAGCUCGCAGCUCCGCGUGCUCAACCUGGACUACAACCCACUCGGUGAUCAGAUUGCAGGGAUGCUGGCAGUUGCCGUGGCAUCCAGCAGGACUCUGGAGGUUCUGGACCUGGAGGGAACCGGACUGACCAACCAGUCAGCACAGGUAUUCCUGGACAUGGUGGAGAACUACCCGACCAGCCUGCGGGUCCUGGUUCUGGCUGAGAACGACAUUAGUCCGGAGCUCCAGCAGCAGAUCGGUGACCUGCUGUCUGAGGGGGAGGAUGACGAUGACAGAGAGGCCUUGCCUCUGGUGCCAGAUCCUGCCUCCAUCACUGCUUUCCAGCAAAUCAGAGACAAGUAUCACCCAAUCAGAGACAAGUACCAGCUUCCCGCCUGGCUACCCCACAGCAACUCCAGCACCCAGGCGGUUUUGCUGACGUCAGGUCUAGGUGAGAGCUUAUUGGCUGAGACUGAGAUGUGACCCCUCCCACAAACAUACCCAUUUCCAGUCAUGCUGCCGUCACUUUUUUCAGUUUGAAUGGGUUAUUUUUCUUCUGCACUGCACUUCUGUGGUUGUCAGAUCACCUGAUGGCUUGCACCCAAUCACACGCCCCGCAUGGUUCGAUGUAGCACCUGAACACAGACG